AUGUACCAGUGUUAUACUUUAGGUGUGGAAGAUUUAUCAAUUUUAUCCGCAGAAGAAGUUCACGCAUCAGACUCAUUUCUGAUCAUGUUCAAUGGAUCAAUACUGGGGAAACAUAGGCAACCUCAGAGAUUUGCUGAUAAUAUGAGAAAACUGCGUCGGUUAAGCUCAUCUUGGGACUUUGUAAGCAUUUUUGUAAAUCAGAAGCAGCGUUGCAUUCACAUUGCCUCUGAUGGCGGUCGCGUUUGUCGUCCACUUUUAAUCGCUGAUUUGGGAAUAUCAAGGGUCCAAGACCAUCAUAUGCAGGAACUGAGGGCUGGUCACCUCUCAUUUGACGAUUUUCUGCGUUUUGGGUUGAUUGAAUAUCUUGAUGUCAAUGAAGAGAACAAUGCAUUGAUUGCAUUGUAUGAGCAUGAGGAUCAAGAUGAUGUUCAGAGAAGCAGAAUCACACACAUUGAAAUAGAGCCCUUGACUAUAUUAGGGGUUGUGGCUGGGAUUAUUCCUUAUCCACACCAUAACCAAUCUACACGUAACACUUACCAGUGCGCAAUGGGUAAGCAAGCAAUGGGAAAUAUUGCGUAUAAUCAGUUGUCCCGGGCAGAUUCUCUACAAUAUUUAUUAGUGUACGCGCAACGUCCCCUGGUUACAACAAAAACAAUCGAGUUGGUGGGAUAUGAUAAGCUUGGGGCUGGGCAGAAUGCAACUGUUGCUGUCAUGAGUGAUAGUGGAUAUGAUAUUAAAGAUGCAAUUGUAUUCAAUAAAUCAUCCCUUGAUCGAGGUUUUGGUCAUUGCAUAAGAAUGAAAAGGUACACGGUGGCAAUGCAGAAGUAUGGGAAUAAUAGGUCAGAAAAGAAUGUUAAACCAGAGAGAGAUAAAGAUGAUAUUUUGAAGAAGCAGAAUAUGCAGGUUUUGGAUAAAGAUGGGUAUGCCGAGCCAGGUCUAAUAAUCCGCGAUGGUGAUAUCUAUGUGAACAAGAAAACUCCCAAGAAUACUGCAAAAAGUCCUGGUGUUACAUCAACCGACAGGGACUAUGAAGACUCCCCAGCUAUUUACAAAGGUGAUGAUGAUGAGACAACUGUAGUUGAUCGUGUAAUACUUUCCUCAGAUAGUAAUGACAACUUGACCAUCAAGUGUAUUAUCCGUCACACUAGGAGGCCAGAGGUCGGUGACAAAUUUAGUAGCAGACAUGGACAGAAAGGUGUUUGUGGUACCAUUCUUCAGCAGGAAGACUUCUCCUUCUCUGAGAGAGGAAUAUGCCUUGAUUUAGUUAUGAAUCCCCAUGGAUUUCCAAGUGGUAUGACGGUAGGACAAAUGCUUGAACUUCUUGGCGGAAAGGCUGGUGCAUCAUGUGAGCAAUUUUAUUAUGGCAGUGCAUUUGGUGAACCAAGUGGUAAUGCUAAUAAAGUUGAAGACAUGAGCUAUACUCUUGUCAAGCACGGCUUCAACUAUCAUGGAAAAGAUUUAUUGUACUCAGGCACUUUAGGCCACCCUCUUCAGGCAUAUAUCUUCAUGGGGCCAAUCUACUACCAGAAAUUGAAGCACAUGUUAGGCACAGUUCUUGAUAAGAUGCAUGCUCGAGCUUCUGGACCACGAGUUGCAUUGACCAGGCAACCUACUGGAGGGCGAAACAGCAAUAGAGGCCUGCGUCUUGGUGAGAUGGAGCGUGAUUGUUUAAUUGCGCAUGGUGCCAGUAUGGUGAUACUUGAACGUCUAUUACUGUCGAGUGAUCCAUAUCAAGCGCAGGUUUGCAGAAAAUGUGGUUUGUUAGGCUACUACAACCACAGACUCAAGACCUCCUUCUGUUCAUUUUGCAAAAGUGGAGAAAAUAUGCAGCAACUGAUGAUGCCCUAUGCUUGCAAGCUAUUGUUUCAGGAACUGACAGCGAUGAACGUCGUUCCAAGGUUAAAGCUAACCGAAGGAUAACUUGUAACGUGGUGCACCGAUGAUCUGGGAAGGAUAAUAGGAGCGUCUGAGGUGAAGUGAAGCCAUUCUGUUCUUGAAGCCUGAUGUGUUACGCUGGGUUGUUGUAAAAAAGAAUUUGCAUAUAUGUGAUGGGGAGUUCUUGUGUGAUAUAAAGAGGAAGUGAAAUAUGUUGUUGGUUCCAAGAAAAGGAGAAGGGAGUGAUUCCCCUGGU